UUACCAAGCGGUCAAGGUGCGUCUCCGUGAAGCUAUAAAAGCUCCUGAUGCGUCUUUCUGUUGCUCAGUCUUCACGCACGCGGCCAGCCAUCAGGUGCAAAAAGAAAGCAGUCCAAGCUCAGUUCAAAAAGAUUCUUAUUGGAGGGUAAAUUAGAAAAAAAUGUCAGUGGUGAGUGCAGUGUCCUUUCUGAAGCCGCUCCACAUGCGCUCCCCGGUGGCACAGGGACGUCGACACACGCUGCCGGCCAGCGAGUUCCGCUCCCUCAGCCCAGAAGAUGCCAUCAGCGUGUUUGAGAUAGAGAGAGAAGGUAACAAGCAAUAUACACAAUACACGGGUAGAGUCAGUAUUGAUGUAUUCCUUACGGUCCUUGCAGCGUUCAUAUCCGUUUCUGGCGAGUGUCCUCUCCUGCUGGACGAAGUACGACACUUCCUGACUUUGUGUCCCGAGCUGUCACUGGGAUGGUUCGAGGAGGGACGUCUGGUGGCUUUCAUCAUCGGAUCACUGUGGGAUCAGGAGAAGCUUACUUUGGACGCUUUGACUCUCCACAUGCCCCACGGCAUGACAGUCCACAUCCACGUCCUGGCAGUCCACCGCACCUUCCGCCAACAGGGCAAAGGCUCCAUCCUGAUGUGGCGCUACUUGCAGUACCUCCGCUGCUUGCCCUAUGUCCGCCGGGCUGUCCUCAUGUGCGAGGACUUCCUUGUCCCCUUCUACCAGAAGUCAGGCUUCAAGGUCCAGGGCCCCAGCGAGAUCACAGUGGGGCCCCUCACCUUCAUCGAGAUGUUCUACCCGGUUAGAGGACACGCCUUUAUGAGGCGGAACAGCGGGUGCUGAAGAGGACUGGGGUGUUAAUUCACUUGGAUUGGAAAAAGGGACACUGUUUGAGGGGAAGGGUGGGUACCUCCUCAGUGUGUUUGUGGUCUUCUGAGAAAAAGGUGAAGGUUAAACUGGAGACACAUAAGAACAUCACAAUAAAAACACAAGACCUGGAAGAGUGGACCAAUCCACUCUCUCAGGUGCAACAUUAGUGACCGCACACUUCACCAAUGGACAGAACAAAACUUUCCCCAGACUACAUCUUUACAAAGUCUUAUCAGAAGAGAGGAAGAUGUUAUGGCUGCAGAGAGGCGACUAACUCUUCAUUUUACUCCAUUUUCAGUGGUCCUUCUAACAUCUGGCAUUGCCUCUGCAAGAUCAUCACUAUCUGUGCCUCCUUAAGUCUUGAAUCAAGACAAAUGCUGUUUUUUAUUAUUACUGAUAUGAUGGUUUGGUUCUUAAGACAAUAAAGGAUUUAUUUUGUAGCUUGUCAGUGUUAAAGAUGCUUUCAGAAAGAGCAUUUGGUUUUGUUCUGAGAACAUUCAUAUCUUACCAUGUUGAAAAAAAAUGUACAUCUUCAGACAAGAUGUAGCACAGGACUGUUCAACCGGCAGCCCUGGGCAAACUCUGGCCUGUGAAUCACAUUAGAAUGGCCUGUGAGUUCAGUUCAAAACUUGGGAGCAACUAACAUUUUUGCAGCAGUUACUAAAAACACCACAUCGCAGUGCUUCUCAACUGGUGGGUCGCCAAUUGUGUAAUGACUUGAUGCAUACCCGUCAAUGCACCUCACUUCUGUGCUAUUUGCUUGCUACACCACCAAGAGAUCCGUGCCAUGUUUAUAACUCGGCCAAGCUUGAGCAGGAGGGGAAGAACAUAGAGUGGGAAUUUAAUGUGCCGUCCGGCCAACGCACAGCUGUAUAGCCUUUAUAUCUCCCGGAGAAGCGCGCAUACAAAGAGACUAGUGUCUCAACGCUCCAGCUCAUGUUUUGUUGCUGUCCCUUCCCCUGCUCAUCCAGUCAGCAGUUUUACAAAAUGCACAUUUCCUCAACUUUAGCGCCACAACAAGGAGGCUAAAGAGCGGCGGGUUGAUUUAGCUGAAUAGCCCUGAUGCAUUUCAACACGAAAUAACAAAACAAGAAACGUACAUUUCUCUAUUACACACAUUAUUAUCAUUAAUAGUGUCAUUUAUUUUCAGAAACAGUGACUUUGACAUGGACAGCAAACAAGAACCUCAAUGUUGCUCUUUUGAUUCCUAGGUAAGUUAAAAAAGAAGUUAUGUGGUCCCAAUGCCUUCAUCAUGAUUGUUUUCAGGGAGGUUCAGUUAAAACAUUCACCUGUUCGCAAGUUAAAAAGGCGUAGUGCAAAAGUGUAAAAAAAAAAAAAAAAAAAGGAGCAAGUGAUUGUUUGCCAACUUGGUGCACUAAGA